AUGAAUACUGUACCAUUUACAUCUGCUCCGAUUGAGGUAACUAUAGGGAUCGAUCAGUAUUCCUUUAAUGUCAAGGAGAAUCAGCCAUUUCACGGAAUCAAGGACAUCCCCAUUGGACACGUUCAUGUCAUUCAUUUUCAGCAUGCAGAUAAUUCCAGCAUGAGGUAUGGCUACUGGUUUGACUGUAGAAUGGGAAACUUUUACAUUCAGUAUGAUCCUAAAGAUGGCCUUUACAAAAUGAUGGAAGAAAGGGAUGGCGCAAAAUUCGAGAAUAUUGUUCACAACUUCAAGGAACGGCAGAUGAUGGUUUCUUAUCCGAAAAUUGACGAAGAUGAUACCUGGUACAAUCUUACCGAGUUUGUGCAGAUGGAUAAAAUCCGAAAGAUAGUAAGGAAAGAUGAAAACCAGUUCUCUUACGUAGAUUCUUCGAUGACCACAGUUCAAGAAAAUGAGCUGCUAAAAUCCAGCUUGCAAAAAGCAGGUUCUAAAAUGGAAGCCAAGAAUGAAGAUGAUCCUGCACAUUCUUUAAACUAUACAGUAAUAAACUUCAAAUCUAGAGAAGCCAUAAGGCCUGGCCAUGAAAUGGAGGAUUUUUUAGACAAGUCUUACUACUUGAACACUGUAAUGCUACAAGGAAUUUUUAAAAAUUCAAGUAAUUAUUUUGGGGAGUUGCAGUUUGCGUUCUUAAAUGCCAUGUUUUUUGGUAACUACGGGUCGAGUUUGCAAUGGCAUGCUAUGAUCGAACUGAUAUGUUCAAGCGCUACGGUGCCUAAACAUAUGCUCGAUAAAUUAGACGAAAUCUUAUAUUAUCAGAUAAAGACAUUGCCUGAACAAUACUCAGACAUCUUGUUGAAUGAACGAGUUUGGAAUAUUUGUCUGUAUUCGUCAUUUCAAAAAAACUCCCUACACAACACAGAAAAGAUAAUGGAAAACAAAUAUCCAGAAUUGCUUGGUAAAGACAAUGAAGACGACGCUCUUAUUUACGGUAUCAGUGAUGAAGAAAGGGAUGACGAGGAUGAUGAGCACAACCCUACCAUUGUUGGCGGUCUCUAUUACCAAAGGCCAUAA